AUGCACGCAACCCCAAUCAGUACUCCGGUGCGUACCGCCAUGAUUAGCGGUCGCUUCUCUUCGAAGGCCCUCGGCUCGGUUGCAUUCCCGUCCAAUUCAACCGCAUUGUAUCAGACACUCUCGCUCAGGUGCCAGGCACGACCGGCCAGCACAUCUGCACAUGUCAAGGCUCUCCGUCCUACCUUAAGUGCGCCAUGCCCUCAUUCCCAGUCUCAAAUGGCUCGCCCAGUCACCAACGGUGUUGCCACGAUGCGGACAAAUUCCACGGUCUCAGAGGCAUCACGCAAGGAAGCCACCAAGCUAAACUGGAAUUCCUUCUUCCAACUCCGCGCCUCUCGUCGCCGCUAUUCCCUCGCUUCGUCCAUUGCAUCCUCAGCGGCUAGCACCGUCAUUGGUGUUCAGAUUCUUUCCGCACAAGACCUUGAACAUAUGGGUGCGCAGGUGAUGGGCUUGGACCCGUUCGUCGUUCUGGGCAUGGCUACUGCGGCUUGCGGUGCGGUGGGCUGGUUGAUUGGCCCAUUUGUCGGAAAUGCAGUUUGGGGUCUGGUCAACCGGCAAUACAGGCAAGCAUUCAUGAUCAAAGAGAAGGAAUUCUACGACAGAAUCAAGCGCUUCCGCGUCGACCCCUCUUCAAACUCGAUUGCAAACCCAGUCCCCGAUUACUACGGCGAGAAGAUCGGCAGCGUUCAGGGAUACCGACAGUGGCUGAAGGAUCAGCGUGUGUAUAACCGCAAGAGGCGCAACUUUAUCCUUUAG